AUGGCCUCCCAACAUGUCGUUGCAACAACAUAUCGCUCUAUUCUUCGUGAACUGAGAAAAUCAGCGCCUUCCAAACGGAACGUCGUCAAUCCCUUGUCGUCCAGUUUUCGAACCAUUUUAGAAGGAUACAAGCAAUCUGGGAACGAGCGUAUCUUGGAGGACGUAAAAAAUGCCGUAGCACUUAUGCAGGCUUCAAGGCAACACAAGCUCCUCUUGGACAGAUACAAUCCCUUGGUAGACCUGACAGCGGAAGAGAGGAUUCAUGCCACCGCUCGGCGAGUAGGCCUCGACAUGCCUGUAACCCACCAGGCCGAAUAG